AUGCCAACUGAAGACUUUUAUGAAGAAUACGAUAACGACGGAUUUUAUCAAAUAGAACCGCAUGGUGCAAACGAUGUCUAUUUUCACAACUAUGGUUUCCCGUCAGAUGAGAUUUUUGCAAGGAAAAAUUUGCAUUUAGAGCCUGUUGAUGACUACAUCGAAUAUGCAGCGCCUAUUCCGGUAUCCCAUGGAAAUCCGAAUAGAGGCUUGGAAAUGUAUGAGCGGAGGUCCAGUAACGUCAGACCUACAUUUUAUGGUGAAACGACCAACCGUUCACACUUUACUUGGAAAGAACCGGUUCAUAAAACAAGGGUCCCAUCAUUGUCUGAGGAGAAAGAAAGCGCCGUACCAUUUUACUCGCAAACCACUAGUAGAGAGGCGUAUUCGCCCAAAGUGGCGCAUAGCGUUGCAAUAAAGGACAACCCAGAAGAAGAAAAGAAGCAGCAAUAUGUUCCUUUCUACUCCGAAACCACCAAUCGAGCAGAUUAUGUUGAGAAACCGCUUUUAAAAGAAAAUCGUUUCAAGUUAGCGAUUAACCGAAUCUUAUUGUUAGCCCCUUUGCUACUGCGUGCGGUUUCAGGAGAUCUGUGGGAUUAUCGCCGUUGCAACAGCCACUCAUUUUUGGAAGCAGUAAUUUUUCGAGCUCUACACAUGAGGUAUGUGACUUUCUUUUGAAU